AUGUUUCGUUCGCGCUUCCCUAGGAUAGGGCGCUCUGUGCAGAAGAACUUCUUCAGGAGUAUUUCCCAGCAUAUACCGCCAUUGAAACAUGAUUUCACAAAUGGCAUUCCUGAAUUCAUUGGUCCUCAAGCUUUCGAGCUGUCAUGGACUUCAUAUCAAAAACUCAUGGUGGACAAAUUGAGUGAUGCUAUAGCGGGAGUUCCCCAUCUCGAUGGAAAACAACCCAAAGAAAUCGCUCUUAUGUGUGCGCGAGAUCCAGACCAAGCGGCAACUUUCAACUAUGCUUCCAUGGCAUUCAAUAACAACUUCUUUUUCGACUGCCUCCAACCCAAUCCAACUAGCGAACCCGUCAUGUCAGAAAAACUUCGAGCCGCCAUCGAGAACUCUUUUUCCUCCGUCGAUGGGCUCAAGAGAGAAUUCGUCAUUACAGCUAGUAAAAUGUUUGGACCCGGAUUCGUCUGGUUAAUGAAGGAUAGAUUCGAUCGACUUUCCUUAAUGACUACAUAUUUAGCGGGCUCACCAUUCCCUGGUGCACAUCAUAGAAGACAACCAAAGGAUAUGAAUACCGAAAGUGAAAGUGUAACGGACUUUUACAGACAAAAGUUGGCGGCACCACCUGUAAACACAGUAGGAGCACAUGGACAUUUAAGCAAAGAGAGGAAACCACCCGGAGGAAUCGAAGCCACACCCAUUCUUUGCGUCAAUACAUGGGAACAUGUAUGGAUUGCCGAUUAUGGAAUGGGAACUGACGAUGUAGGAGGAAAGAAGGUUUAUGUGGAAAAUUGGUGGAACGUCAUUGAUUGGAAUGUUGUGGCGGAUCUUGCAGCUUUGUCUGGUAACUCGGCUUCCAAGCUUGAGAGAAAUUAGAGAUACAUAAAAAUUCACUCUGCAUAAGAUAUGAGGCGGAGGAAACUACACUGUGGUAUAUCGGGGAGAUGGCGUUCAAGGCAUUUGAUGUACUAUAUGUGUGAGGUCUCGACACAACUGCAUUUAGAAGUGUAGAAUAUGAGAUGGCGGACCAAAAUACUAUUAUUUAUAGCUCACGUUGGAGAGGAAGUACUCUGUUCAACAUGCGAAUGUUCAAUCAUCCUGUGCUAGUAGUCCUAAAGAACUUUCCAGGGCAGAUUUGACAAGUCAUAAGUCUUCUUCCUUCCAUAUAGAUAUAUAUAUUGGAACCGAGCUGAAGAUUCAUCAAUAUACAAGCUUU